AUGAUUCGGAAUCUUGGAUUUCUUUAUGGAUUGAUCGUGUCGACCAAUUGUAUGGUUCUGCACCAAGCGCAAUUUCCCGUGUACUUACCGAUCCAGUAUCAAGUGCAGCCGUCGAACUACAACUUUGCUUACGAAGUUAACGAUGCUCAAACUGGAGACGUCAAACGACAUCAAGAGAGUCGCAAUGGAGACACUGUUCUGGGUCAGUACACUCUCCUGCAGCCUGAUGGUAUUACAAGAAUAGUUGACUACCGAGCCGAUGACCAAACAGGAUUUAACGCUGUUGUAAGGAAUGAAGUUAAAGCUACUAAUGCGCCAUCGGAAAAACAAGAAGAGAAUGAUAAUAAUGGGUCUGAACGACAAACUGAUGGAAGGCAUCAAGAAGAACAAUCUCGACAGUCUCCAAACGAUCAACAAGUGACAACAUCGCCUGUACCCUUAACGCGUACUUCCCUCAUCCAUCGAUCGUACACUAGUGGUCAUAACUCUUGGAUUUAA